GCCGGAUUCCUGACUCCAUAUCGGCUAACCGGUGUGGUGUCCAUGGGUGUUCGGGACCCAUAAGGAGGAUGCUGCGGUGUGGCGUUCAUAGGUGUUCUGGACUCAGAUGGUUGAUGCGGCGGUGUGGUGCCCAUAUGCGUUCUGGGCCAUGGGUCGUCCCAAUUUUCUUCUUCAGGAUGUAUUCUGUUGAAUGGGCGUAUAACCGCCACCGCCAUCCCCUCCCACAACGUCGGCAACUUAAAUGUUUGUCUUGCACUCAUUGUUUGAUUCGUGCUGUCUACUAACAACUGCCUCCUCUCCGAGCGCUGCACUAAUUUAAACACAUAUUUCCAAGGUCAUACCUUCUACCACUCACGACUUCAAGGUCACAUUUCAAGGCUAUAUUUCGAUUCAAGGUCGCAUUUCAAGGCUAUAUUUCAAGGUUGCAUUUCAAGAUCAUAUUUCAAGGCCAUGUUUCAAGGUUACAUUUCAACGUCACAGGUUAAAUAUGCGUUCAAGGUUGGCUCCCAAGGUCGACUCUCAAGGGCGUUCUAGAAC